UCCUGGAAGAAACCCUUCUACGAUUUCUGAAUUGUCCCGGAAAUAACCAUUAAGGUAUGUGGUUAUGACCUGGAAAAUGCCGUGGGAUAUGUUCAGUCUCGGGUCUGGGAAAUACCAUUCGGAAAUUGAAUGAAUCCUGGAAGAGACCUCAGAAAAGUUAUAAGGUGCUUUCCAGGACCACCUCGUAUUGGUGAUUUUUGCUAGCGUUUCUGUCCACAUAUAUUUGAUUUAUUGUUUGUUUUACUAUGGAAUUCAAAAAUUGUUUUAGGGGGAUAGUGAAAAUGGAGUUUUCAGUCAUUAUAGGGCCUUCCACUGCUCAGACUUUGAUCACGAAAACUUAUUGCGACUAGGUACCGGAAAGUACCAUCAUGUAUGCAUUUUCCUAUAAUCCAAAACCUAAUUCGGAUUUUUCAAUUUUCUUAAUAGAAUUACGUCGGCUAGUGAUUAGCCCAAAUUUUACCCAUGAAAAACUGAUCUGCUAAUUUUUGUCCUGGAAACGACCUUUCCGAUUUCUGACCUGGAAAGGACCACUACGAUUUUGUUGCGAGAUUUUAGGAAUAGUAAUGAAUCAAAUUGAGAAUUUUGGAUUGAUUAUUGUUUGUGUACCACUCAGCUAUGAUUUUCCAUUGAAAAAUCAUACUCAAAUUUCCUGACCCCAAAACGACCCCUGGACAAAUAUAUAUAUAUACAUACUUAUUCGCUACUAUAUUACAUAUUACAUUUAACAUUAUUACUACUAUAUUACAUACUACAUUUAACACUAUUACUACUAUAUUACAUAUUACAUUUAACACUAUUACUACUAUUAUACUUAAUCAACUACUAUACUAUAUUCAAUUGUAAAUAAAGAAUUCGCAAUGAAUCAACACAUAUAUACAUACAUAUAAACUAAACCGAAAGAAUACUUACUGAAAUCACCACUCACUCAUAAACACAUAAUACCUACCACAGACGGACAUUUACUUUGCUCCACCAUUUGUAAAAGGCAAAUUAGAACAAUAAAUUUCAGAUUUUUCAGGAGAAAGGAAAUGGGUCGUCAACUCAAUCAUGAAGCUCAAUCAUGAGGCAUCAUAAAACCUCAGUACAUAUAGGUCUUAUUAUAAUCCAUUCAAGGUCAAAAGAAAUGGAGACACACUGGAUCAAAAGAAGUCGAAUUACACUGGAUUUCCUUUGGUACUAACACAAUUUAUUUUCGAAUAACAAGUCGCAAAGAAUAGUUGAAGACAGACCUGCAAGUAAGUAACCCACAAAUCAGGUACAAACUUUAUUCGUCAUUUCAUGUAUGCACAAGUGUUAUAUGACUUGAACAGGUGGGUCGUAUUUGUAUCCAUAUAUGUGAUUUAAUCUGGUACCAGUACUUUGUAAAAUAUAUGUUACAAAACAUUGGAAUUCUUCACUACAGCUGAAAUCAAACAACAAAGUGGGAAUAUGCAAAUAAUUAUCUACAUUUGGAUUGAGGAGGCGAAGUAUUAUCAGUUACGCUAUGAUGCUCCCAGUAAAUAUCUGUGCUGCGACAAUACUGCUGUUGAGAAGAUCUCUUCCUGCUAUUUCUUAGUGAAGUCGUUGUCAGUUACAACACCUUCGAAGAUUACCGCUGAUUAUCCUUUGUUAAAAUUUCAUUGCAUCUUUUGUAAUAUCUUACUCAUUUAGCAACUACAUUUGUAUCAAAUAACAAUUUGAAACAACUUCAAGCUCUAGAUUAUCACAUAUGAAUGAAGCUACAAAUUUAUUUUGCAAAGUAGUAUACUACGUACCUGAAGCAACCGCCGCCAAGGAACUCUUUCGACACAGUAUGGGAACGAUUUUUACGAAAAAAAUAAACCCGGACGAGGGUCCGGCAGAGGCGGCGGCUACGACCGCAGCGGAGGUGGCAGCUCCGACUGCGGCGGGGUCGUCGUGCGAUGCGGCGGGGUCGUCGUGCGAAGCGGCGGCGGCGGGGCCCCAGGUGGAUGAGGUGGCAGCUCCAUCCCCUGAUCGCGCCGAAGGCACGUGGGUUUUCCCGGGUCCAACCCGCCUGGGGAAAAUAAAAAACCUCAACGUCGCAAUAUAUAUGUUAGUAUCCAAGACUCUUAAUCCAAAAUUACUACAAGGGUUGGAAUCAUGUCAACCAGGGAGCACUGUUUGACUAGCAACCCCCACUUCACC